GCCCGAAUUUCAACGUUUGUUACACACGGUGGACUUGGUAGCACAACAGAAAUCGCCUAUACGGGAAAGCCUGCAGUGAUGUUAAUUCCGCUGUUCUGUGAUCAAAAACGAAACGCCAAUAUGCUAGCGAGACACGGCGGCGCAAUUGUGCUCGAGAAACAUGAGUUGGCGAAUUCCACUAAGAUCGCCGAAGCAAUAAACACGGUCCUAAAAGACAAGAGCUAUUCUAUGAACGCUAGAAAACUCGCCAAGAUGCUUGCUAACCAGCCAAUCAGCGCUAAACAAUUGAUGAUACGACAUGCAGAAUUUGCAUUUUGUCGUGUUAGAGCCUUAUUAGGCAACCACAGCAAAUAUUUGCUAGCCCUUUUGGAUGGGAUGAGAGUUAGCCUUCUUCUGGCUGGAAUCGAUUGCUGCGAUUACUUCAGUUACAUCGAGCGGUGUAACAUUCGGAGUCUAGUUUUUCUUCUAAUUUUAAGAAAACCAGUGAUGCAUAGAUGA